AUGCCCUCAUUCGACGAGGCCGGGAAAAACAACAAUGGCGGACGCGCAGCGGCGGCACCCCCCGCGGCCGCCUACCUCUACCCGCCGGUGCCCUACGCGCGCUUCAUACGGCCGGCUGCCCUCGCCGUGUCACACUUUCAUUCGGUGCUCUCCCGCGGGGCCGCGUGGUGGGGAGGAGGGGGAGCAGGGACGAAGAAAUUUCCGCCGCCGGCGUCGUCGUCGUCGCGGAAUCGCUCGCUUGCGGGCCAUUCGGGGGGCGGCGAUGCUCCGAGCGCCGGCGGAAGGGGUCUCAUGAGCAUGGGCGAGAGUCUCGGGAAGUCCUCGUCGUCGUCCCGUCGGGUCGGUGUUGGGGGAAGGGGCGGGGGGGAGGAAGCCGCCGCGCGAGUCAUCGUCGGCAGGAAGCGAGAGCGCUCGCGACACAACGUCGUUGGUGGCCUCAGGGGCGGCGGCGCCAGCGGUGUCAGCGGCGGCGGCGCCAGCGGCGCGCUGGGGGGAGGGGUUUCUUCACUGAUGAUUUCGUUGGACGAGUUCCACGCAAACCCUCGGCUGCGCUUUCAGCUGCUGCUGAGGGAGCAGGGGAUCGUGGUGCAACUCUUCGAGGCUAUGUCGACGGACGGUAUCCUCGCGCGUCAUCUCUGGUGGGACGGCGACGCCAAGGAGAGCGCAAGCGGCUCCACCUCUAUUGCCCCUCCGGCCUUCAAGAGUACGACCCCACGCUCUGGUGCGACGCGCGUCGGAGGUACGGAUGUCGGCGGCGGCAGCAAUACGGACGAGUGGGAGAUGAGGAGGGACAGGUCGGACGCGCGGCACUGUCUGCGGCAAUUCGUUGUCCAGGCAAUGGCGCUGGCGGACUUCUUCGCCAGGGACAACCCGCGAGGAAAGGCUGUGCUUGAGAACUUCACUCCACUGCUGCGAAUGUUGAUCGGGAGCGGCCUCGGCGCGUGUGAGGUGCUGGCGACCAUCAGAAGGGACAACCCCCGAACCUACGCGGUUGUUACGCCGGCACGCAUCCAACAGAUCCUCGCGACACUGCCGGAAUCACGGGACCUCGCCAACAGCAUGCGCCUGCUGCGCAGCAUCUGCAAAGUGGGGCAUUCGCUGCUGCCCUCGAUACAGCGCCUUGUCGCGGUAACGGUGCUCGUGGGCGUCGACACGGCUGCCGCUGCUGCCGCUGGGAGGGCUGCCGGCGGAGGCAGCGAGUUCGGCAGGAGCCGCGCCUUGGGCGGCGGCGGCGGCGGCGGCGGCGGGAGCGGGCGUAAGGACAGCGAUGAAGGCGACGGUAAUGGAGAGCACGGUGUGUCCGCUGCUGCUUCGCAAGGAGGAGACGGCGGCGGCGGCGGCGGUGGCGACGAUGAAGCUAGCCGACGAGUAGGGUCAGAUUCACGGGAAGGAGUGGAAAAUCACCUUCUCAGAAACCCUCGCAGCUUGUUCAGGUACGAGCUCAUUCGGGACAUGGAUGUCACCCCCAGCGAUGUCGAUGCUUCUGGUGCUGCUGCCAGUGGUAACGACAGCGACAGCGGGAACGGUUCUGGAGGUACUCUUGCCGGCGGCGCCUCCGCCUCCCGCCCUUCAUUGACACCAUCGGCCUCGGAGAGCAGCCGCGGCAAGGCAAGCAGCAACAGUAGCCGCGUCAAAAGCCAGCGACGGAAACCAUCAUUGCCAGGCGCUUCGGGCACCAACUUCCGGUCUGCCGAUGGCACCAAUGGCAUCCGUGUGAGGCUGAAGCGGCUGGUCGCAGGGGUGUCCAUGGGGGAACAGCUUCGCCGGCGGCGUGAGAUGCUCAACGGGGAGACGCGGGUCUCCUCCGGGGAAGGCGUUAUCUUCGAGGCCGUGCAGGAGGGGAGCGGGUCGGCGUCGCGGACCGUGGUCCGGGUGCUGAGCAGGGGCGGGGCUGGGGAGCCUCCGGUGGAGGGGCCGUGGGGGGCGAGGGGAAGCGGCCGGGGUGCCGGACCUAGCUCGGCCGCCGGGGACCUGCUUGAGCUGUUCGUGGAGUCGGUGAGGCUUCUGGCAUCGCUGUGCCAGGAGCGGCACGAGGGGAACAUUGCGCUCGUGCGCUCCCUGAAGGGCACGACCUACAAGGAGCUGAUGGAGGUGGUCAGGUCUGAGACGGUGCCGCCAACCGUUCGAGCCGCAUUCGCCCAGCUGCUGGAGCACUGUCACCUCAACGUGGCCCCCCUCCUUCCGCGGCCUCCCGUCAGGUACGUCAGGCUCAAAGACGAUGACGACGAAGACACCUGCGACAGCAGUAGUGACGACGUCGAUGACGGCGAUCAGUCAUCCUUCUCGGGAAGAGGAAAAGGCCGAGCCAAUGAACGAAAGGACAGCGCAAACCCGGUAGACCAGGGAGUGCCUGCUGUAGAUGCCGCCGAAUCCGCCGAGGGAAAGAGUGAAGACACGAGGAAGAUCGACGAGGGCGAGGAGCAACGCGAACACCUCAGAGAGGCUCUCGAGGCGUUCGUCAAGAAGCACACCCGACCUGGUGGUACGCUGCAAAUCGACCAAUGGAACUCCGGGCAAGAUGGUUCGCUCCGUGGCCACAAGCUAGCUCCCACACUGCGCCAGAAGCAGCUGCAGCGGCAGCGGCGGCCGUCGGCCUCCGGCAACGGCUUCUCCAGGCCCGACACUACCCCAGCGCUAGCGGCGGCGUCUUCCGCGACAUCAGUUCACACACACAUGCACGCGCCGCCGCUGUCGGCGAUGUCGAAAGCCCUGCAGCUGACGGAGAACCUCAAGCUCCUCGGCGCGGUGCUGUCGCUGCUGCGCCUGACGCUCGACCUCCUGGGUAGGCAGCCCUUGGGCACUGACCCGUCCGCGGAGCUGUUUAGACGGCUGUGCUCGCUGCUGGAGUUCUUGGAGGACGUACAUGAGAUGCGGAGCGAGUUUUUGGCGGCAGGAGGGGCUAGGGGCGACGCGGGAGGAGGAGGAGACGAGGAUGCUGUGGGCAUAACGGACACAGAGGUGUCCGUGAUGCGAGUUCUGACGCUUCUGCUGGGGCACGAGCUCGACAAGCAGCUCGACAAGGUCUUAUGGCUGGCACGGAAGUACGACGAAAACGAAAACGCCUUUCGUUUCAGUUUCGACGCUUCCACGAACAAGAUGGUUGCGACCUACAAGGGCAAGGACAUCUGGUCGCUGGUGCGCAACAGUGGCGGCGCGGGCCUUGUGGCUGGCAAGGAGGGUGAGAUGAACACGCACAACCUCCCCAACCUCUCCGGAACGCUGUUGAGGCUGGCGGUAGCGGGUCAGGAGAGCGGGAGGGCGGGCGGCCCGACAUUGACAGCCCGGUCUUUCGCGCUCCUGUUUCGGAUCAGCGACCAGGGAAACCAGUUGGCUCGAGAGGCCCGCAAGGUCACGCAGCUCACCGGCCGUGCGGCCUCCGAGACGCACCGUGGCCUCACCCGCGCCGUGAUGGCGCUCCGAGCCUUCUCGCGCCGUCGGGCCGGUCGACCCGCAAUGCUGGCAGACGCGGUCGGCAACAGCAACGGGAGAAACGUGCCUCUUGGUGGGCCGUCGGAGCGUCUGGCGGCACCAUCGCCUCCGCCCCCCCCGACAACGACGAAGCCUCUUCACCGUAAGGGUGCCGGCGAAAGCGGCGUUCCGGUUAAGGUGAGACCGACAGCAGCGGCGAGGGGAGGAGUGGACGGCGGUACCGGCGCAUCACCUUCAGAUGAGGCAGGUGCCGACGUUGCCAGAGCACGGAGCCUUUCGGCCAUAUUUGCAGCGGCACCACCACGACUAGUACCGGCCCAAUCUGGACAAGAUGCGCCAGCGGCUGCGGUGUCGGCGGCGCCGACGGGGCUCGGGACCGACCUGAUCUCCGCCUUGCAGGCGCCUUUGCUGGCAUCGUCGCCGCUGAACCGGCCGCUGUCGACCGACAGCAUCAGCAGCGCCGAGGAGGAACCGAACGCGGGAGGCAACGUCGAAGACGGCGCCGCCGCUAACAGUGUCGGUGUCCGCAGCAGCAGCAGCAGCAGCAGCAGCAGCAGCAGCAGCAGGGGUAGCAGCAUCAACGACGGGAGCCCCUUGAUCGAGGCGUGGGCGGCGGCGGCGGCAGAAGAAGCCGCGGCGAAGUCAGCGGCGCUGAAGGCCUCCGUGGCCGCGGAAGACGCCGCGCAGACCGAGGAAAAGAGUGUCAGCGAGGCCCUCGGGGAGGUGCGCCGGGCGCUCAAGGCCGGGCGGGAGGACGCCGACGGCGCGCAAGCGGAGGUGGAGCGAGUGGCGGCUGGGGUGGGGCUUCCCGCGGCCCUUCUCGGGGCGCUGAGGGCUCUGAGGAGGGAAGAUGACGCUGGUGCUGGCGCCAGUGGAAGCGGGGGCAGUAGCUGGCUGAGCUUGGCGAAAGAGGGGCCGAGCCCGGACCUCCGGCGUUUCCUGUUCUCCAACUUCUCCUUGCUCUUGUCUUUCCUCAACGUUGGCGCCCCCGCGCCAACGGCUGCAUCGUCGUCCCAGCAAGCUGUUGUGGUCGGCGGCGGUGGUGGUGGUGAUGGUCGCAGCGGUGGCCGGCGGCUGUUCUUCGCCAGCCCCGUGGCUCGUCUAAUGGGCGAAGUGGUCAACCAGGACUACCUGCUGGCGACGAGCGUUUCGGAGGAGCAACUGACUCAGCUUACGAUGGCUGCGACUCGGAGCAGGGAAGCCGACCUUCUGGUGCUACUUCAGAAGCUCGUCACGUGCAACGGAGCGCCUGUCCACAACAUGCAACGACGCGUGCUGGUUUCUUUGCUGCGAGAGCUUAGUCGUACAGACUACCACGACGCCUUCGGGUGGGAUGAUCUCCGCCCGCCGCCGCAGCCCCCCGCUAGCCGUCCCCAACCUCACCCGCGGGUACAACACCGGCGGGCAGGGUCGAGUGGUCACGACAACAGCGACCUGCCUCGCUACAGCCCCGAUGAUGGUGACGGCAGUACUCCUCCUCUUCUUCCCGUUACUUGUACGCUACUUCGCUCGCCACCGGCGCCGGUGCCGGCCGACGAUCACCGAACAAGAGCCGGAGGGGGCAAGCAAACGCCGGCGCUCGGAGAGACUACUCCUGGGAGCUCCGCCGCGGCGGGGGCUGGUUGGAGCGGAGACGGUGGUGGUUCGGGCAGUCGUGAUCACUCCGGCCAGCGCACCGCUCGCGAAGAAGCGCAAUCGACGCACGAGCAGGAGAGCCGUUGGCGGCGCUGGGGGCGCGUUGAGGACUCGGCUACAAGCGGGCUUGGGUUCAUGUCCGCUCUGCAGCGAGCCCUCAUCCUAGAGCAGCGGCAGCAAGAAGCGGAAGCCGCUGACGACGGCGGCAGCGGCUACGACCGUGAGGAUGGUUGGAGAGGGGAAGGGGACCGGGCAAAGAGGGAGGCGGGUGGCGAUAGGCACGCGCUGGAGCUCUUGAGCGUUAUCGCUGCCUGUUGCGAUGGCAAGAACCACUUCACGGAGGUCCAGUGCCGCUCCAUGGUCUCCCUUGAAGAGCUCGUAACCCUGGUAACCCGCGGGGCGCCGGGAGACGCUUUGUCUGGGCGCGGACGCGGCGGCGAAUCCGUCGCCUGUGGUGCCGUUUCCUCUCCAGAAUCGAAGGAGCACGAGGUGGGUGACGGCAGGAUCAGCGUGAGAGAGGUUGGUAGGAGGGACACGGGUGACGAGUCUGCUGAAGAAAAGCGGGCCCAGGAGGAGGAUGACGGUGGCAUGGAAGAACAGAAGCAGUCCCUGCCGCAGCGCCAGCGAGACAGCAACGGUGACAACGGUGACGACAACGGUUCGUCUGUGACGGCAGCGGUGCCGGGGGCACCGCAGUCGGUGGGAGCGGCACAAUCGCCCUCCGCGUCCGAAGAACCGGGGCUGCCGCUUCGAGGCGACAGGCUUCCGUCCAACUCGUCUCUUGUAGGCGCGUCGACGAACUCGUGGUUUCGGGAUCGGCCAGAAGACAGCGGCGCCGGUAGGGGCGGCGGGGCCGGAGCAGAGGGCGGAGGCGGCGGCGAGCGGCCCCUCCCGGCCGGAGUGAGGUGGGCGUUCAUGUGGCUGCUGGACUCCGUGUUCUUCAACGUGAAGGAGCCGGUGGAGGGGCUGGAUCGACACCCGGUCGUGCACGCGCUGCUAGAAAACCUCCUCACGACGGCGCAGUUCUGCGUGAGGGUGCCGGCGAGCAAGCGAUGGGAGAACGAAGAGAUCGACUUCAUCAUCUCUACGGCUGUCCCCCUCCUCCACAACUUCUUUGACGGGUGCUGGCGAGACCCCCUGCCGUUCGUCGCGAAGACCGCGGUCAUGCUCGUCUCCACGCUUGCCGUCCUCUUCUACGCCCUCGCGGAGGACGUGAGGUCCUUGGCUGAGGACGCCGGCCUAAAGUGGCGCUGGCAGAAGGUCGACGGUAGCGAAGUGGACGAAGGGAUCUGGGAAGGGGACUGCGACAAGGAGACGAAGUCUAGGCUGGAAUGGCGCAAGCGAAAGCUGCGGUCGCUCCGCGACCUGGUGUUCGAGCUGUACCUGUCGGGGGACCGGCGAAAGCGAGACCUCUUCUCGCUGUUCUGCGCGGAGCAGCGCCGGCUAGAGGUGGACACCACCGGCGGCAGCGACGGCGGUAGUCGCGGGGGGAGAGGGGACGUGGGAGGCGGCGAUAGUGACUCCACCGGCAACGGCGCCCGCGGCAGAGGCGGUGCCCGUGGCAGCAGCGAGGACCGCUUUAACGACCUGAUGGUCGUGAUACAGAAUUUGGCCAGGAUUGCGGAGGACUCAGAAACGUCCGGGAGUGAUUCGGCGCUGGGGGACAGCGAAGCCGACCACCACUACCAGCAGCAGAUGGAGGGCGGUGGGAAGGCGGGAAGGCCACGCGGCAGCUCGAGGGAGAUGUCAGAAGCGCUGGCGAGAGCGUACUGGAGCACCUCCGGUGAUGGCGCCACAGUCAGGGGAAGCCGGACCUUCUCGCGGACGGCCAACAUGCUGUCUGUUCGGAUGACCUCCAGCGGCGGCAGCAAAGGCUUCUUCCGGGACAAGGGGAACGCCGGGGAGGACACCUGGCAGUCUCUUCGGGCGUCCGCGCCGGACCUGCAUCCGCGCCUGCCAAGUCAGUGGACGACGAGCAACGCAAUCAGCGAAGUCGACCCGUCGCCGUCGCCGCAGAAGGCUGUCGGCCCCGGCGGCAGCAGCAGCGGCAGGAUCGACAGCAUUCGGAGUGGCGGCGAGGGCAUCAACGACAGCUUUCGAAGUCGCGGCGCCAGCGGGAGGCGCCUGUUGCGGAACGUCAGCGGAAGUGGUGUUGGGGGCAGCGGUGGCGGCGGCGGCGGCGGCGGCGGCGGCGGCGGCAACAGCAAUAACGGCAGCAUCAGCGGCAGCAUCCACCACAGCCGCUCAUUCAGCACGGGCAGCGACCGCGGCCUCGGCAACCACCAUCGACCCAACAGCGGCGACCUCGCCCCGGAACUAACCACGGCACCGUCGGAGGGAUGGGCGGCGACGGUGGCAGCAAGCGCCUUGUUGAAUGCCGCUGGUCGGUCCAACAAGUCCAUGUGUUCCAUCCGUCGCGAGGGUUUCGAAGGGGGUCCAGGCGGGGGCCCAGGCGACAUGGGGAGCAGAGGAAGCGCGUCGAGGUUCUCGUCGUUCAGAGUCGGAAGGAAAGACUCUGGCCCGGCCGGCGAUCGGGGGGGCGGAACGCCCAGGCUGCAACUCAACGAGCACGGGGUCCUCCCUCUUCUUGAGGCGAGCGUGACGGGGAGCGGUGAGCUCGAGAAGCUUGUCUCGGACCUCCAACAGGUGACUCGCUUGUUGCUAUUUCUCGGUGGCAUGCUCGCGUUGUGUACCUGCGUACGACCGGCCGGCGGGGGCAGACGUUGUUCAGGGCGCGACUUGGAACCGACAGCGGGAAAAGGCUGA